CUAUAAACAAGCGGAGCACCUUCUCCGGUUAGCUAAUGCUAGGCUAACCAACUUUCUCUCUCAGUCAAUCAGUUCAUCCUGGUGAGCCAGUCCAUUUGAAGUGCUCCACUUGACUCAAACAAUGACAAUGACCUGACCAAUGGACCACUGCAGUGUCUGCUCAGUAAGAGGGUCACGUGUGCAGGUAGAUCAUGAAUGACAAACUAGUCUUCCUGGGCCUGCUAUACUUUGUCCAGGGCAUCCCCUAUGGUCUCCAGUCCUCCCUGCUUCCUGUCUACCUACGUGGAGCUGGUCAUUCCCUCACCCGCAUCGGCUUCACCAAGAUCCUCUACUUCCCAUGGGUCCUCAAAGUGCUCUGGGCCCCUUUGAUCGACAGGGUUGGCACCAAGCGCCGCUGGCUGGUGGGGACAGUGUCUGGGCUGGCCCUGACAUGCCUCUCCAGUGCUGCCCUGGCCCCAGAAGCACAUAUUUAUGGGGUCGCAGGAACCCUGUUGGCCAUGAACACCUUGGCAUCUGUCCAGGAUAUUGCUGUAGAUGGGGCGGCGGUGGGGUUGUUGAAAGGUCGUGGGGAGCUGGGGCUGGGCAACACAGCUCAAGUCGUGGGCUAUAAAGCCGGAUCGGUGUUUGCCGGAGGUGGGCUGCUGGCUGUGAUUGACGUGGCUGGAUGGAGCUGGAUGUUUAUGCUGCUGACGUUUGUGUAUGCAGGGGUGGCCCUGUUUGUGUGGGGGGCCCCUGUGCUGGACGAUGAGGCUGUGAGGGGCCAGCAGGCAGAUGGCAGCAGGAGGGGAGGGCAGGGAACAGACGCUAUGAGGCCAUGGAGAGUGUGGAGGAAGAUGCUGGCAGUGCCUGGCACCCCUUGGACAGUCCUGUACGUGCUGACGUAUAAACUUGGUGAGCAGGGUGCAGUGACCAUGUUCCCUCUUUUCCUGUUGGAUCAUCACAUGACCGCCAGAGAGCUCGGCUUCUGGAACGGCGUUAUCGCCAUGGGCUUCUCCAUCUGUGGGUCGUCCCUGGGAGGCCUGCUGCUCGCUCAGUUCAGCAUCGGGGCUCUGAUGCGACGUGUGUUUGUGUUGCGAACCAUCAGCAUGGUCUUCCAAAGCUCCCUACUCACCGUACUGGAACCAUCACCACUCAUGAAAGGUAUGGCCGUCCUAAGCAUGAGCGUUCAGCACUUCCUGGGCGGUCUCAUCACCACGCUCACCUUCACUACCAUGAUGCAUUGCACUCAGAGGGCCGAGGAAAGCAUUCAGGCGACCCACUACAGUUUCCUGGCGACGCUGGAGGUGCUGGGGAAGCUGACGUUCAGUGCUCUGGCCGGAGGCGUGGUGGAUUGGUUUGGUUUCCAAGUUGCCUUCCUCUUCUUUCUCACCCUCUCUGCCGGGACGGCCCUGCAUGUGUGGACGGCUACCUUCACUGGUGCUCUCAGGGAACACCAGCUCAAAGAACCGCCCAAGUGAGAUCAGGAUUCAGGUCCUGAUACGGGGCGUCUGCAGGUGCUGAAAAUAUGUUAAAUAACUUGAGUUUGACCAUCAGUAUUAAGACACCUCUAAAGUCUUUGAAUCCCAACAAAUAUAACACUCAUGACUUCAGCAAAUCAGUUCAGUCUAGAAGAUCUUGAAUAAGUUGACUUUCUUGUUCUGCCAUUUUUAAGGAGAAAUCAGCCAUGCGGUUAAGUACUCUAUUUAAGAGUGAGCUUUUUUUUUUGUUUGUUUUUUUCAAAUUGCACAAUUGUCAUUUCACUGGCAAAACUGGCCUUAAGUUUUAUUUAUUUUGCAUUUGAAAUGUGUGGAAAAGUCUUAAUAUUUUCAGUAGCGUGAGGAAACUUGCAGGUUAUAUUGGUAAGAAUGAGCACAUUGACGAUUUCUGGACACGAUGGGAUUGGUGCAUCUAAUAAGCGUGAGGUAUUUGCAGUGACACAGUAAAACUGUACUGAAAGUUGAAAAGUACUUUGGUAAAUAUAAUCAAAGCUGUUUUUAUCAUCUGAGCCAUUUUAAUGUUUUAAUAAGCCAGCAAUAAGAGCUGUAGCCAAAAGCAAUAUUGCUACUCUGUGAUGCUUGUUCUAUCAUAUUGUACUGUAUAUGAAUAUGUUAAUGAAUAUGUUAGCCGUUCUCCUGAGUUGUAUGGUUUACAGUUCUAAAUGAAUGAAUCUCUACUACCUCGUAUCAGCGCUGUAUGGUACGAUACACAGGAGGCGAAUGUACAGUAGCUGCACCAAGUAGAGCAUACACUUCAUUCACAAUGAAUAGUUGCAACAUAUACACUAUGUUACCUAAGCUACAACAGUUAGCCGGAGUAGGAUUGCAGUUUGUACAGGUGUUUCAUUGUUUGUCAGCUUCAAGGGGAAUAAAAAUGCAGUUCAGGGAGUAAAAUCCUUUUUUCCCUUUGCAGUCGAGCAGGUCAGCCGGGGCUGUUUACUUCUUGCAGUAAACCUCAGCCUUUCACACUGCAUGGUGCCAUCUUGUCUCUGUCUCCACUCAAAGAUGAUGCUGUGCCUUAAUUUAGAUCCUUCCAUCACUGUGUAUAAUAUAUGCUUAAGGUGUGUAGUGUUGUCUCAAAUCAAACACAGAUGUUGAGAAGUUAACAGAAAUGAUAAACCCAGCAUUUGACCACCAUUUUGUUUUUUUUUGUGGCAAAUUGCAACCAAAUGGAGCGUUAUUUGACUGUGAUUGUCGCCCGCCAAAAUUUCUGCAGGCUGGUUGGCUCACAAGGCAAUUUUCUCAGAACUAGGGUUGUCAAAGUAACGCAUUCAUUUUGAUUAUAAAUUACUGAAAAAAACAUGCGUUCAAAAAGUGUUUGCGUAUCAGUUGCGCUCUGCGAUGCCCUUUGCCAUAUACCAGUAUUGAUGAUAACUGUGAUAUAAAAAAAUGAGAUAUUGAUGUCAUAUUAAUAACGCAUGUAUUGAUGGCAGAUGUUUGGCUUUAUUUUGUUUAUUUUGUAGCCUUUUCACUAUCAUUUAGAAAAAAAAAACAUUAUGCUACGUUAUGGAUACAGACUUUCUCUCCAAAAACGAGACAAAACACACAACAAACUAAGUUAAA